CGACGCCUGCUUAGUAUUUCUACCAAGUCGCUCUCUGACUGAUUAUACCAUAGUCAAUUAAGCUUCCUUGCUAAUCCGGCAAAGAACUCGUCUCUCAUCGCUUGAUCCCUGGCAUUGGGAAUUAAUUGAAGUAUAAGGCUUUUGCUGUGGCCAUUGCGUGCGACCCUCACUUCAGCUGCCGGAGAUACAUAUAUGUCGUCAGAAGUACGCCAGCAGAACACGCCAUCAACGAGUGAUUCUGCGAAUCUUCACACGAGUAAUCGUCGUCUCUUCCUGCUUUCCGUGGUAACCGUCAUUUUCGCAGCGCUGGUUGCCCUUUUUUGGCGCGAAACCACCAAUCUGUUCCUUUUCCGACGCUUUUUCGGAUCCUCCUCGGGGGUUGCUGCUAGCUCGUUGACUAAGUCAGUGUCUGCGCCCGUGGUAACAUCGUCGUCAAUUGCGGAACAACCGGGUUACAAGAUGAAGACGCCUGUUUAUUUCUUCAGCCAUGGCGGGCCUAACAUCAUGUUUGAUGUGGAGCACCCGGCGCACAAGAAGCUGGGUCAAAUUGGACGCGAGAUUACGACCAAGGUGAAGCCGCGUGCCGUGGUGGUGUUCUCGGCGCAUUGGCAGGGUGGUCGAGAUACCGUUUAUGUGAACACGGCUGAAAAUACGGAUCUGAUUUAUGAUUUCUAUGGGUUCCCGGGCCAUUACUACAAGGAGCAGUAUCCCAACGUUGGUAGCAAAGAGGUCUCGCAUAAAGUGCUCGAUGCGCUGAAGGAAGCUGGCAUUGACGCCAAGGGUGUGAAGCGUGGUCUGGACCACGGUGUAUGGGUGAGCUUCAAGUGUGCAUUCGAGCCCGACUCGAACCCAUUGAAUGUCCCGGUCGUGCAGGUCUCCCUCUUCGAUACCGAGGACCCGAAUCAGCACUACCGCCUCGGCCAAGCCGUGGCCCGCCUGCGUGAGGAGAAUAUCCUCAUCAUCGUCUCCGGCAUGGCUGUGCAUAACUUGCGUGAUUUGCGAUUUACAUUUGGUGACCCGCGCCCCAUGCCGUACUCCGUCAGCUUCGACGAGGCCCUCAAGGAUGCUGCGACGAAACCACCGGCCGAGCGGCAACAGGCUCUGGCAGACCUUCUGAAGCGUCCGGAUGCUCGACAGGCUCACCCAACCUUUGACCACCUACUACCCAUCCACAUUGGCGCAGGUGCGGCGCAAGAGGACGUGGGCAAGAGAAUCUGGACAUUCCCGGAGGGCAGCAUGAGCUGGGCGCAGUUCCGGUUCGGGGAGCUGAAUAAUGCUAGUACAUCGUUAUAGCAUGUAGUGACACACAAUAUUUUGGAAUAGAAAGCAUAGCAAAGCGUGAGAAUGAGAAAUGAGAAGCUGUUGAGAAUUUUGAUGAGGUUCGAUUUCAUCUAUAGAUACAAGGUACAUGUAACUUUGGGACGGGAUAACGCGGGAGAGAGAACUUGGAAGGGACGAUGCGUGGGAAGGUUAUACUGGGAGAGGAAUUCGUUAUGAAGUCUGCUUCACCAGGGUCGUGAUGCGCUCUUCGAUCUGCGAGUCAGACAGGCC